AUUUCCCUCCCAUAUGCCUCCUUGCACCAUAUCCUCUUUCUCUAUCUUCCUUUGAAUCUCCUCCACAUAAACUAAGCACACCAUCACUUCGAUGGGCAACUCUGAUUAUGUCUACACCGAUCGUCAACCUCCUCAUCGAGUGGCGGUUCCUCCGCCGCAACCGUUUUUCAAGACAUUCAAGAAUUCUCUCAAGGAGACGUUCUUCCCAGAUGACCCGCUCAGGCAAUUCAAGAACAAAUCACCUUCACGGAAGCUCUUACUCGGCCUGCAAUAUUUCUUCCCGAUUCUCGAAUGGGGUCCUCGUUACAGCUUCGGCUUCUUGAAAUCUGACCUCAUCUCGGGGAUCACCAUCGCCAGUCUUGCUAUCCCUCAGGGCAUUAGCUAUGCCAAGCUUGCUAACUUGCCACCCAUUCUCGGCCUUUAUUCAAGCUUUAUUCCACCACUGAUUUAUGCGAUGAUGGGAAGUUCAAGAGAUUUGGCAGUAGGGACAGUUGCAGUUGCAUCACUGCUCGUGGCUUCUAUGUUGGGGGAUGAAGUGAAUGCUGCUGAGAAUCCCACGCUUUAUCUUCACCUUGCUUUCACCGCAACUUUUUUCGCCGGUCUUCUUCAAGCUUCGUUAGGCCUCUUAAGGUUAGGGUUCAUAGUGGAUUUUCUUUCGCAUGCGACAAUAGUAGGGUUCAUGGCAGGAGCAGCGACCGUAGUGAUAUUGCAACAGCUAAAGGGAGUCUUUGGACUGGAGCACUUCACUCAAUCUACCGAUAUUAUCUCCGUCUUGCGUUCCGUCUUCUCCCAAAUUCACGAGUGGAGAUGGGAGAGUGCUGUGCUGGGCAUUGGAUUCCUCUUCUUCCUCCUCAGCACCAGAUACGUCAGCAAACGGCGACCCAAGCUAUUUUGGAUAUCAGCAAUGGCACCUUUGACAUCAGUCAUUCUCGGUAGUCUUCUCGUUUAUCUCACACAUGCCGAGAAACACGGCGUUCAAGUGAUAGGAAACUUGAAGAAAGGGCUGAAUCCACCGUCGUUUGGGGAUUUGGUUUUUACCUCUUCGUAUCUGUCAACAGCUGUGAAGACCGGCAUCGUCGCCGGCAUCAUCGCUCUCGCCGAAGGAAUAGCAGUGGGAAGAAGUUUCGCAAUGUACAAACACUACCACAUCGAUGGGAACAAAGAAAUGGUAGCUAUUGGGACCAUGAACAUCGUUGGUUCUUGCUUUUCCUGCUAUCUCACAACAGGGCCAUUUUCUCGGUCGGCUGUCAACUUCAAUGCAGGGUGUAAAACGGCAAUGUCGAACGUUGUCAUGGCCAUUGCAGUUAUGUUCACAUUGCUCUUCCUAACACCACUGUUCCAUUACACUCCCCUGGUAGUGUUGUCCGCUAUUAUCAUGGCUGCAAUGCUUGGUCUCAUCGAUUACGAGGCUGCAAUUCAUCUUUGGAAGGUCGAUAAAUUCGAUUUCGUGGUGUGUAUAGGCGCAUUCCUUGGUGUCGUUUUUGCAAGCGUGGAGAUUGGCUUAGUCAUAGCGGUUGCAAUAUCUGUGCUGAGAUUGCUUCUGUUUAUCGCAAGACCGAGGACCUUUCUUCUCGGAAACAUUCCGAAUUCCACCAUUUACAGAAAUGUUGAGCAAUAUCCUACUACAAACAGUGUUCCUGGGAUUCUUAUACUCGAGAUUGAUGCUCCAAUUUACUUUGCUAACGCAAGCUACUUAAGAGAAAGGAUCUCAAGGUGGAUUGAUGAAGAGGAAGACAGGCUGAAAUCUUCAGGGGAAACAAACUUACAAUAUGUCAUACUUUACAUGAGUGCUGUUGGUAACAUUGAUACCAGUGGAAUAAGCAUGCUUGAAGAGGUGAAGAAAACUACAGACAGAAGGGGGAUCAAGCUUGUAAUGGCUAACCCUGGAGCGGAGGUGAUGAAGAAACUGAACAAAUCAAAGUUCAUAGAAACGAUAGGUGAAGAAUGGGUAUAUUUAACAGUAGGAGAAGCUGUUGAAGCCUGCCAUUACAAGCUUCAUACAUGCAAACCAGACUCCACCAAUGAGGAAUUGCAGACGUGGAACAAUGUGUAAAGCUUAAUAGAUUUUUUGAUGUACCAGGAAGAACAUGAUUUUUCUUUCUUUUUCUUAUAAUUUAAAGGCCUUGUGCAUCCGGGAAUCAGGAUGCAUGGUUUAAUUAAGCUUUAGAUGCAUCAAUUGGAAGUUGGAGGUCUACUUUCCCUCUUCCAAAAAUAAGCAAGUUGUAGAGUGAUACAUAUCAUGGCAAUGAAAGUUCAAAACAA